CACAUUCCUGGGCGCCUCGUCACUUCCCCUGCGCUGGCUGUCCUGGCGGCUCACCCAAGCGGACUCACUGAGCGACGCGGGCGGGCUAUGACACCAGGGGCGCUGCUGCUGCUGCUGCUGCUGCUGCUGGGGGCGUUGGGGGCGCCGUUCGCCCCGGAACGGAAGUGGGGAUCCUGGACUUCGGUCCCAGACGGUGGAGAUCGGGAUGGCUUCCGUGCUGAUCCGAGAAGCCAAGGAGGGAGACUGUGGAAAUAUCCUGAGGCUGAUUCGGCUGAGGGCUGCAGGCCGGAAACCGGGGUCCCAGAGGGGGAACUCGCUGAGUACGAGAAACUCUCAGACCAGGUGAAGAUCAGUGAAGAAGCCCUGAGAGCAGAUGGCUUUGGAGAGAAUCCUUUCUAUCACUGUUUGGUAGCAGAGAUUCUUCCUGUCCCCGGGGAGCCACAGGGUCAGGGGAUUGGCUCCAAAAUAAUCAAAAAAGUGGCUGAGGUGGCCCUGGAUAAGGGCCGCUCCCAGUUCCGCCUGGCAGUCCUAGACUGGAACAAGGGGGCUAUGGACUUGUAUAAGGCCCUAGGAGCCCAAGAUCUGACGGAAGCUGAAGGUUGGCACUGCUUUCGCUUUGAAGGAGAGGCGAUGAGGGAGUUGGCAGGAAAGUGACGCCAUCCCUUGGGGAUCUCCAUUUCAGCUUCUUCAUCCCCACCAGCUCAAGCAGUCCUCAGAGACUGUCUCCACUGACCAAGGCCUCCCGGAAGGAAGGGAAGGAGGGUUGGAGGUGAAUAUUCCCAGAUGGAAAGAACAGAGGUGAGGAAGAGGCAAGCCUUCCCACCUCCUUGUUAAGGGUGAAAAAUAAAUGAGAAUUCCCAUGUGUUGAUGUGGUGUUGGGUGGAGGAAUUGAGGAUGUGACAAGCUUCAGCUAUUACGACCCUUCCUCAGUGUUUUCUGGUCAGUGGAUAUUGCUCCUGGGGAUAAAAGUGGGCCUAAGAUGACUUUCACCCACAAUGGACCAGAAUAUUGGCUCUGGCCUCUAGCAUAUAUAUCAGGCUUGUUGGUCAGGUCUGGGACCCAGACAAAGGCCUCCAGUGUCUGGACUGGGCUGUGUGGAAUCCGAGACUGAGGCAGGCCCACCGACUCAACAGAUGGAACAGGCUGCCACCUGGUGGCGGCAUUUUAGGGACACUGGGAAGGACCACUGGCCCCAACUUUUUAAAAAAUCCGCUCAGCUAGCGAGUGCUUUUUCUUUUUCAAAAGUCACAAAGCCUUUUUUUUCAGUUCAACAGAACCAAAACAAACCUUUAGGACCCAUGGAGACAAGAAGGGAAACAGGUUCAUUUCCUACUUUCAUAAUAUUUUAUUAUACAAGUAAUGCAGGUUUGUUGUAGAGAAGUUUGAAGGGACGUAUAAAAAUAAAAUC